AUGUCUGCAUCCGAAAGCGUCACAAUUUAUCAGCACAUUCCCACCACAACAGAACACAACAUGUUUCCAGAAUUAUUUUUCUUCAAUGAACUUCAAAUGAAGGAUAAUUUCUUGACUUCAUUCACAAACAACCCCCAAAGUUUUUCAGCUGCAAUUUUCAUGAAUGGUGCGAGAAAAUACCCUCUGGAAUUGCACAACCAAAUAAUGUGGCAAUUUAUGUUUGCACUUCUAUUGUCGUAUGAUUAUUAA